AUAAUACUGACAUUGACGGUUUUCGGAUUGUUGAAUGUUGAGUUUUAAAUUUUUAUGGAUUCAUAAAAAUUUUAAAACUUUAUUUUAAAAAGAUAAUUACUAGUAAUAUAUGGCUUAACAACUAGAUAAUAAAAACGCAAUAAGUAAAUGAUAAUUUUAAUUGGAGAAACAUAUUAUAAAAAAGGUAUAGUGUUUUAAGAUAAAUACAACAUAAAACAGGCCGAAAAUGAAUUCAAAUUCUGCCACGCCAGGUGUCCCUCAGGUGCCGCUUCUUGAUGAUGAUACAAUUGCAUUUGGCGAGGAAGAUAAUGCCAACAAACAAUUUGUACACCCAUACAUUGUGUUUUUUCACCUGGUCUUCCGGUGUUCUGCUAUAGUAGUGUACAUUUUGUGUGGAUGGUUUUCUGACUCCUUCAUAGCCAGUUUUGUAUUAGUAACUCUAUUACUAUCUGCUGAUUUUUGGACUGUUAAAAAUAUAAGUGGGCGUUUACUUGUGGGGCUGAGAUGGUGGAACUAUGUGGAUGAUGAAGGGAAAUCCCAUUGGGUUUUUGAGUCUAAACAGAAUCGUGUAAAUGGCAAUGAAAGCCGUUUGUUCUGGUUAGGGCUCACCUUAUGCCCUCUAAUUUGGUCUGGCUUCUUCAUUAUUAGUCUGCUAAGCUUCAAAUUUAGAUGGAUGCUUCUAGUUAUGAUUGCUCUGACUCUGACGGGGGCGAACCUUUACGGAUAUGUGAAAUGUAAAUUUGGAGCAAAGGAGAACCUGAAGUCUGUUACAACAGACUUUGUGAAGAAACAGUUCUUGGCCAAUGCCACAUCCUUCAUGUUUGCUCAGCCAGCUCCUCCUAAUGUUAACACCAACACUGGUGUUGUCUAGAUAUAUAUUAUUAUUAUAGAUAUUUUAACAUAACAACUUAAAUUUAACUUUACUUUUUAUGUAUUUAUAUAUUUCAUUUAUUAUUAAACAUAGAUAAGGAAUUUUUGUUCUGUGUGGAACCAAAUUGGUGUCACUUUAGCAUUACAGUAAUCUAUAGCAUAAUAUGUAACAAAAUUGAUAAAUUUACUAAGAAUACAUUAUAGUCAAAAUAAUUAAAUAAUUACAAUUAAAUUAUUUUGAACAAGAAUUUACUAGUAUUAAUUCCAAAACGUGACACCCGCGUCUGCUUACACUUACAACUAUAUUAAAAAACGCCUUAAUACAAAAGAAACUUUGCAUGUUGUGUGAUAUUUUUGCAAACAUAUUAUAUCAAGAGGUGGCAAGUAAAAUCUACAACAAUUAUUAAUUUAAUAGUCCCAGAAUUUACAGUAAUCCUAGACUUAACAAAGACAGCUUCAUGCUAUGUAGCUGCGGCAAAAAAAAAAUUGUAUUGGUAAGUAGGGCUAACAAUUUGCUUUCCUUUUUUAAACCACCUUGACCAGAGACUUUCGUAUUAUCUCAAGCUAAGAGGUAUAAAAUUACGUAUUAUUAUUUAGUAAUUUUUUAACGUGUUUUUACAAAAUAUUUUAUUUUAUAAUUGAAUUGUUUAUUUCUAUUAAAUCUUUUAAUUGAUAUUCUAUGUAAAUAAAUUGUAUGGCAUUAAUUAUUAUAAAAAAAUAUGCUCCAGGUGAGGCUCGAACUCACAACCCCGGCAUCUCUCACACGAACACUGUCUUAUAAGUACCGUGCGCUAACCAAUUGCGCCACUGGAGCUCUGAGGAUCAAGUUGAAAAUAAAUAAAGGCUUAUGUUUAUCGUCUAUUUUUAUUAAAAAAAAACAAUUUGA